AUAGUCGAUGGUUACUGUAAAAUGGAUGAUUUUUCUUCGCUUUCAAGUUGGAUAAGUUCUCAUGACACCAACGAGCUGACUACCGAUCCAUUGUUACAAUGGAAUCAUUGUUACCUGACUGCACUUGAAAAGCAUCAUAACGGUAACAACUUCGAUGCAUGGGAGUUAGUUAAAGAUAUUCCAAUGAAAAUAACGCAAAGUUACUUUUGUCAUCGUGGGGCAAAUCUUGUUUCAUCUUUUUUCAAUUUCCGCGAAAAUUUGCGUCGAACUGUUGGCGAGUCUUCGGAUUCUGCAAGUUUAGAGCGUCAAUCCAUAUUAUCAUUUUUAAAGAAAGUAAUCGAUUCUUCAUUUCAUGUAAACAUUCUUCCUUUAUUGGUAAAGGAAGCGACUAUAAAAUCUGAUACUUCAAGUAUUUCAUGUUUUUUGAAAGAAUUCUUGGAUUAUGUUGCCUUUAACCAACAAAUCUCAUUCUCUGACACUUUCGUUAGCGAUUUGGCGAUAUGGA